AAAGAAAAAAAGAAAAAGCAAACUAAAACUAUGGCGCCUAAAGAAAACUCUAUCCCCACGGGAAUAGUUACUCUGUGGGGACUACUUGUGCUCCAGCUCCUGGCAUUGCAGCUCACAUCUGCAUCAGUCGCAUUGCCGGGGUGCCCGCAACGAUGCGGCGGCGUCGAGAUCCCCUAUCCGUUCGGCAUCGGCCGGGCCUGCUCGAUGGAGGGUUUCACACUCAACUGCACCUUCAGCAACAGCAACCACAAGCCCUUCCUGAGCAACAUCGAAUUCUUGAACAUUUCCUUAUCGUCGGGCCUCGCCCGCAUUGCCGGCCAUGUGUCGAGCCAAUGCUACAAUGCCACGAACGGCAACGUGACAUACAAGGACUGGCAAAUGAAACUUAGGGGGUCACCGUACCGGUUCUCCAGUACCCUCAACAAGUUUACGACCAUCGGCUGCAUGACGAUGGCCUUUCUCAGAGUGAGCGAGAUGGCGAAUAGCUCCGCAAAUAGCACGGCGAAUAGCUAUUUGUCAGGGUGCGUAUCGAUGUGCAGCAGCAGGGAGGACUUGAGCAACGGCUCGUGCACGGGCAUCGGAUGCUGUCAGACUGCCAUCCCGAAGGGGAUGGUGUACUACCGAGUGCGGUUUGCUGAAAACUUCAACAGCUCCACCACGUACAAUUUCAGCCAGUGCGGCUAUGCUGCACUGGUGGAGGAAGGCACCUUCAAUUUCAGCACCUCCUACAUCACGACCAGUGAGCUUUACGGAACAAGGCUGCCGUUGGUAGUCGAUUGGGCUGUAAGAAACAAGAAUUGCUCCGAAGCCCGGCAAAACAUGACUUCCUACGCAUGCAAAAGCGAGCACAGCACGUGCGUAGGCUCCGCGAACGGGCCUGGCUAUCUCUGUAAUUGCUCCGAGGGUUAUCAAGGCAACCCUUAUCUACCCCACGGGUGCCAAGAUAUUGAUGAGUGUGCAAGCAAGGAUGUACCACCGUGCUCUGAGUCUGAGGUUUGUUACAAUACACAAGGAAGUUAUCGGUGUUUAUGCCCAAACGGUACACAUGGCGAACAUUACAAUGGAACUUGCUACCAAAGCUACCAGAGUUACCAGAGCCAGAAACUUCCACUAGCAGUGAAACUAGUUACAGUUUUUUGA